AAUCCUUCGUUCGCGUCCCCGCGGUCCUUACUCGGCGUUAUGGAGAAGCGGUCCCACUAUACACGAUACCUCGGUCCCUGGGGUACUCGACAUACAAACACACCUCGUCCUUCGACCUGGACUCGACACGUUUGACCUUCUACAGUCAUUCUCAUUGAAGACAAGGUCUUGCCUAGAUACUUUUUCUUACCGGAUUUCUCAAAUGUCGCUUCUCAUCCGCUUCGAGACCUAAUCCCCCCAUGGCAUCUCCCGCCGUCCCAGUGUCUCCCCUCCAUCGUCCUUCCUCGUUCAACUUCACCCGUGAUGUCGUCGACCACUGGGCUCAAAGAGACCCUUCGCAAUUAGCACUCCACUGGGCAGACCAAUCCCUCACUUCAACCAAGCAGCUCACAUAUGCUCACUUUUCGCGCCAAUCCCACCGGAUAGCAACACUCCUCACAUCCCUCGGCAUCAAGCAGGGCGAGACAUGCAUCAUCAUCCUGCCCCGUGUGCCCGAGUGGUGGGAGUUCGCCACAGCAUGUCUACGCUCUGGCGUGGUUCUGUGCCCCUGCACCACUCUCCUGGUGGCCAAGGACAUCGAGUAUCGCCUCCAAAUCUCGCACGCAGCCGCCUUCGUUGGGGACGAAGCAUCUGUGGCUAAAUGUCUGAGUGUGGCAUCGAAAUGUCCGCAAUUACGCACCGUCAUCAAGAUUGAGGCCAACAACGGCAGCAAGGCACCGUCCUCACAAAUACAACAGGUAACUGACUUCCAUGCCGCACUCGCCAGGAUUCCGGAAGACGUAACAUUCCCUGUCCCCAAUGCUCUAACCUCGACAUCUCCCGCCCUAACGUUCUUCACAUCCGGAACGACCGGGCCCCCCAAAAUGGUCCUGCACACACAAAUUUCAUACCCUCUCGCGCACGCCCUAACGGGGAUACACUGGCUACAACUCGACCCCAGUAAAACAUACUGGAACCUCUCGGAGCAAGGCUGGGCCAAAGCAUCGUGGUCGUGGUUUUCGUCCUGGAACUGUGGCUCUACACUAUUUGUGCACGAUGACAGACUGGCUUUUGAUCCUAGAAGGACACUCAAAGUCCUGCACGACUUCCCCAUCACCACUUUGUGCGCACCACCCACAGUCUACAGACAACUUGUCCUCGAUGAAAAUCGGGCGCUCUUCGAGACUGAGCAAGGCAGACCGCGCGCCCUAACUCACUGCUGCGGCGCCGGCGAACCGCUCAACGAGAGCGUGAUUCGCGUCUGGAAGGAAAUGACAGAUGGAAUCGAGAUCUACGAUGCCUACGGCCAGACUGAGACGGUUGUCGUGUGCGCAAAUCAAGCGGCAAAUCCUGUCAAGCUGGGAAGUAUGGGCAAGCCAAUUGCAGGGGUACCUUUGACGAUUGUUGAUGCUGAGGGAAACGUGACGAAGGAUGGAGAGGAGGGUGAUAUUGCUGUCGAAGUCACCAACGGCAAGGAUGAGCAGGAGAGUAAGUUCUUCGGCAUAUUCGAAGGAUAUAUCGACAAAGCCACCGGCAAAAUCGAUAAUAAAGUCAACACAUUCUCAAACGGUAGGAGGUACUAUAUCACCGGUGACCGUGCGAGUAGGGAUGCAGACGGCUAUUUCUGGUUCGUUGGCCGGAAUGACGACGUGAUCAACUCUGCAGGAUAUAGAAUUGGCCCCUUCGAAGUCGAAUCGACAUUGAAACAACAUCACUCUGUCGUCGAAUCCGCGGUCGUCGCAUCGCCUGAUGUCCAGCGUGACGAGGUCGUCAAGGCGUUUGUCGUGCUUACUGAUAGUGCGGCGGCGAAUGUCAAGGACAACGGAAGCAGAGACAAACUGGUCAGGGAAUUGCAGGAUUUCUGCAAAGAACAUGCCGCGCCUUAUAAGUAUCCCAGGAAGAUUGAAUUCGUGGACGCGAAGUUCUUGCCCAAGACGAUCAGUGGGAAGAUUAGGAGAGGAGAACUCAAGGCGUUGGAGAAGAAGAGGUAUCAAGAGGCAAACGGGGCGAAGCUGUAGGUUCUGACAGGGAGAGCGCAACCUUUCUGUACGUUUUAUAUUCAUGGAGGUUUACUGAUCAUUCUCGGACGAGAGGCUCAUAUUUUGCCCUCCCUGAACUAUUGCGCUUCCCUGAACUAUUGCGCCAUUCCUGCGAAC